GGCCUUGCAGUGCACGAUUGUUUAGGCCCUUUGCAGUAUCCGUGAGCCCUCGCACGGCCAUGAUGGUGCCGCAGGUGACCGACCCCCCUCUUGCGGCCACGAUGGUGUAGGACACGCGCGACCCCCUUCCGCCCUCAUCGGCAGGAGGCCAGAGCGCCGGCGGAAGUGUCGCCUCACUCAUUCAAGAUGGCGGCGUUUAUCCGGAAGUAAGAAAACGAUUCGGGGCGAGAAUUCCUGUUAAAAACCGCCACUUUCCAUCGAAUAAUAAGAAGGGGCAGUGGCGGAACCCGUCCUUCGAAGGUGGCCGAGUCGGAUAACCCGUGCGCCGGUUGAGAUUGGAGCAACCCCAGCCCCGAGGUGACUUCCGCGUGCGUCACUUGGCAGGCAGUCAUGACAUGACCUCUGAAUCAAGGCCAUGGAUGGUGUUCUGCCACAGUAAGGGCAUGGUCUGAGAAGCUCCGUCAGCCAGCCAUGCCUCGAGCCGGAGCCUGAUGCAUAUUCAGCCCGCGCCUCCUGUCAUGGACGGGGACGACUUCCUGCACCCGGAGGGCCCUCAGCUCGAGGGGGGCCUGUAUGGCCUGGCCAGCUCGUCGCUGCUCCACAUGCCCAUGCAGAGUCAGAUCUACCCCACUAAUUCCUGGAGAUUCCCGCCGCAAUCUGCAUACAACUUGACCAGUUCUAUGCAAUCUGGAAACCAGCAAUACCACUCAAGUCCUGCUUUGGAUAUGCACCCGGAAAUAUUCGACGACGUGGAUUUCACAAACUUUAGCCUGCCCACCAACGGAGACUUUUCUCAGGAACUCCCCUGCAUCAAUGACCUCUCCAACGACUCCCUGUUCUCCUCUCCCUCUGAUUCGCUUUGCGAUUACCCAGACGUGGGCUUCCCGCGGCCUGACAACGCGCCCACAUUGUGGGACAUAAACACGCCCACGCACAGCCAGCUGCAGCAGCCAAACAGGUUUCAGGGAUUGAACAGUUUUGAAGAUGUUUCCGCCAUUAUCAACACCCCGUCUGUAGGAUACCAGGAGCCCCCUGCCCCGCCUGAGGAGGAGGAGGAUGCUGAGGAAGAGGAGUCUGAGGAGCUCGGGCACAUCGAUACCUAUGCGGAUUACAAGCCUUUCAAGUCCACCAUCGGGAAGUCCCACCCUGACAUUGUCGUGGAGACCAACACCCUGUCCAGCGUGCCGCCGCCUGACAUCACCUACACGCUGUCCAUUCCCGAGAGCACCAUCGAGAAGGGCCUGCUGUCCGCCCUGCAGCUGGAGGCCAUCAUAUACGCCUGCCAGCAACACGAGGUGAUCCUUCAGAAUAACCAGAGGGCUGGUUUCCUCAUUGGCGACGGGGCCGGUGUGGGCAAGGGCCGCACUGUGGCCGGUAUCAUCGUGGAGAACUUCUUAAAGGGCCGGAACAAAGCAUUAUGGUUCAGCGUUUCCAACGACCUGAAGUACGACGCGGAGCGAGACCUCAAAGACAUAGACGCUCCCGAUAUUCAUGUUCAUGCCUUAAAUAAGAUUAAGUAUGGAGACACCGCUACCUCAGAAGGAGUCCUGUUCGCCACUUACUCGGCGCUGAUCGGGGAGAGCCAGGCGGGCGGCCAACGCCGGACCAGGCUAAAGCAGAUCCUGGACUGGUGCAAACCGGGCUUCGAUGGAGUCAUCAUAUUCGACGAAUGCCACAAAGCCAAAAAUGCCACGUCCACAAAGAUGGGCAAGGCAGUGCUGGACCUGCAGAACAAGCUGCCGCUGGCCAGGGUGGUUUACGCCAGUGCUACAGGUGCUUCUGAGCCAAAGAACAUGAUCUACAUGAGCCGUCUGGGAAUCUGGGGCGAGGGAACUCCCUUCAAGAUGUUCGAUGACUUCCUGCAUGCCAUCGAAAAGAGGGGAGUGGGCGCCAUGGAGAUCGUGGCUAUGGACAUGAAGGUCAGCGGCAUGUACAUUGCCCGCCAGCUCAGCUUCCAGGGCGUGUCCUUCCGCAUUGAGGAGAUCAGCCUGGACAACAAAUUCAAGCUGGUCUACAAUAAGGCUGCCAGGCUGUGGGCAGAAGCUCUGGAGGUUUUUACCAAGGCUGCCGACGAGCUGAGCCUGGUCUCCCGCAAAGCGCUGUGGGGCCAGUUCUGGUCGUCGCACCAGCGCUUCUUCAAAUAUCUCUGCAUAGCCGCCAAGGUGCCGCGCCUCGUGGAGCUGGCCAACAGGGAGCUGGCGGCUGGCAAGUGCAUUGUGAUUGGCCUGCAGUCCACGGGCGAGGCUCGCACUAGAGAAGUCCUGGACGAGAAUGAUGGACACCUGGACCGAUUUGUCUCCGCUGCUGAGGGUGUGUUUCAGUCUCUGGUACAGAAGCAUUUUCCGUCCGAAAAGCAGAGAAGAGAGAAGGGCAAUGGGAACAAGAGAAAACGAAAGCCCAAGGGACGGCAGCCCAAGUUCCCGAAGCACAGCGUGGACAACGGGGGCGUGAUCAACAUCAGUGACGACAGCAGCACUGACUCCGACGGUCUGGACAGCGACUCAAACUCCUCCCCCGACUCCCUCCAGGACAACGAUGACGUCAUCUUUGUUAACCACACCAACUGUCACACUGCAAAAAUUGAAGAAAUGAAGCAAGGCCUCCUGAACAAAAUUUCCGAGCUGGGAAGAGAACUACCUCUGAACACUCUAGAUGAACUGAUCGACCGCUUUGGAGGGCCGGACAGAGUCUCGGAGAUGACGGGCCGGAAGGGCCGCGUGGUUCGGCGGCCGGACGGCAGCGUGCGUUACGAGUCUCGUGCAGAGCAGGGCCUCACCAUCGACUACGUCAACAUCAAGGAGAAGGAACGCUUCAUGAGUGGGGAGAAGCUCGUGGCCAUCAUCUCGGAGGCAGCCAGCUCCGGCAUCUCCCUGCAGGCUGACAAGCGGGUGAAAAACCAGAAGCGGAGGGUGCACAUGACGCUGGAGCUGCCGUGGAGUGCCGACCGCGCCAUACAGCAGUUUGGUCGGACUCACCGCUCUAACCAGGUCACUGCCCCGGAGUACAUCUUCCUCAUCUCCGAGCUGGGCGGGGAAAGACGCUUCGCCUCCAUCGUAGCCAAGAGGCUAGAGAGCCUGGGGGCCCUGACCCAUGGCGACAGGAGAGCCACCGAGUCCAGAGACUUGAGCAAAUACAACUUUGAGAACAAGUAUGGCACUAAGGCUCUGGACAAGAUUACCAAAGCCAUCCUGGGCCACAUCGAGAGCAAGGUGCCACCUCCCAGGGAUUACCCAGACGGAGAUGCCAUGUUCUUCAGAGACAUGAAGCGUGGGAUGAUGGAUGUUGGCAUCUUCUGUAAAGAGCCUCGCUUUGGUCUCAGUACUGAGAAAGACUGCAGCAUUACGAAGUUCCUUAACCGCAUCCUGGGCCUGGAGGUGGAUAAACAGAAUGCGCUCUUCCAGUACUUCACUGACAACUUUGACUACUUGAUAGAGAAGGACAAGAAGGAAGGGAAGUACGACAUGGGGAUCUUAGACCUGGCUCCCGGUAAUGAUGAGAUCUAUGAGGAGACCCAGGAGAAGUUCCUCACUGCUGGGAACCCUCAGGAUGGCCAGGUGGUGCUCUACAAGAUCAGGGUAGACCGAGGGAUGCCCUGGAAGGAAGCCUGCGACAAGGCCGAGACCCUCCAAGGCCCGGAUGAGGGUUUUUACCUGUCACGAAAGAUGCGGGGAAACUAUCCCUGUGUGCUCCUGGCUGAGCAAGGGCGCAACCGCAACGUCAUCCUCUACAAGCCCAACAUCGGCAAGCAGGCGCAUCCGGAGAACCUGGACAACUUGCUGCGCAGGUACCGCAAGGUGACUGCAGACGAGGCCAGAGAGCCUUGGGAACAUCAGUUUAAGUUCUCCUUCCAGAAAUGCAGCCACGCUAAUUGGAACGGGAAGUGCAAGCAGAUUGAGGAGGGCCACGAAUGCUGGCUAGGCAUGCGGCUGCGGCAGUACCACAUGCUGUGCGGCGCGCUGCUGCGCGUCUGGAAGCGCGUCGCCGACGUGGUGUCCGACAUCACCAACUCCAGCAUCCUGCAGAUCGUCCGGCUCAAGACCAAGCAGCACAACAAGCAAGUCGGCAUCAAGAUCCCGGAGAACUGCGUGGCGCGGGUGCGCGACGAACUGCUCCAUAUGGAUGAGGAGGUGAAGCGCAAGCGGCGGGAACAGGAGCAGCGUGAGGAGGAGCAGCGGCGGGCCGACGACCAGGAGCAGCGGCGGAAGGAGAUCAUGGUCUCCAGCCUGUGCGGGUUCUCCACCCAGCAGUUCUUCCCCAGCCCAGCCCUGCAAUGCCUGCCUGCCCAGAGGAACUCCGACGAUGUGCUGGACCUGACCAUAAGCAGUUCCUCGCCCUCCCCGGACGGCAGUCUGGGCCUGGGCCUGGGCCUGGGCUUGGGCCUAGUUCUGGACGGCUUCGUAGGCCCCGUUGGCGACGGCCAAGACCUGUCCUUGGAUGCUCUGAUGCCGUCGGCGGCACUCAGUACUGCUCAAGUGCCGCGCACUCAACACUCGCAGCACUCCCUGCAUGCGCAGCGCAUGCUGCAGCUACCACUUGCGGCAGUGCCACCGGAGGGCCAGGUGGAUUACCAGAAUUACCUGAAUUUUAACAGUCCCCCCCUAACCCUACCCUACUCAUCCAUGCCCUCUUCUGUCAGAACCUCCUUUCCCCCUGUGCCCCGCUCCUCCCCCCUGUUCUCCUCCGUCCCCACCCCGACAGAACCACAGCCCCAGCCCUUGGUGAAUGGGCACCCCAACACGGAGGGACCCAUAAACGCACGGGAAGUUUUGGACAGUAUGCUGGGAACCAACCCGAACAGACAGUCUGUCAUCCAGUACCGGAAUUGAUUGGCAGGCAGCCGCCGGGUCGCCACAGCAAUGCUAGCGGCGGCCUGGUGGUGUUCGGACCUCCUCCUGCUUCCAGCGCGCAGUUUUAGCUCGGCUCCUAAUUUCUAUAGAAAUGCCUUUCCCUCCAAGACAGAUUGGAAGGAAACCUCUCUGAUUUCAUCGCAGAGAAACCGAAACCAAACAGAUUGUAUAGAACAACGUUGCGUCCAGAAGCGUGCCGCGUAACCUUUGGAGGAUUCCCCACCAUCUCCGGCAGCAGUCCCAUCGGUAGCCCUUGGACCAUACCACCAGUGCCGGGCGCAGGGGUCACGGUGCGGUAGCAUAUCUUUUUGGCCGGCGGAGCAGGUGAAAGUUGGAUAUUUGAUAUCGUCAGAUGGUUUUGGUACCUCCACUAAGUCAGGCCUGCAGGGUUGGCGCCAGUGAGAAGGUUAAAUAGCCUACUGUUGAGGUCAGAAGAGUCCAUUUUAUCUGCGGAUAUGUCCAUUGCGGGAGCCGGUCAGUUUGGCGUAUCCCUGUCAUCGCAUUCGGUGAGCCUAAAGCAGGGGGUGCAGAAUCAGCAUUGCCUUCCAAGAAGCACCUUUUCAAAUGUAGGUCAGGAGCCAGCUGCACCCCCACGGCGUAAAACCCUAACCCUACUGGUGCGUAGACGGGAUGUGUCAAGUUAGGGUCGCGCUGUUUCCCUGCUCACUCUGCAGAGGUUUCUGUGCCUCUUCGUUUGCUGCGAUGAACAGAUCCCAGGUUUGAUGUAGUUGCUUUGAGAGAAUGCCGCGCCCCCCCCCCCACCCCCCGUCUGCCCUACCUUCCCAACCCAAGUGCCGUGAAACUUAAAUAUCCCGUCGGAAAGAGGUACACCCACCAACGUGAAAUCCCACAUCUCGCUUGUGUCGCAAUCGGGGGUGUCGGUUUAAUGAUUCAUUGGGCCGAACCUUUCAUUUCACCACUUGGUAUAGAGUAGCUGCGUGUGUGCCCAUCUCGCUUAAAGGGGAACGACAUGAUUAAACAACCUACUGUUGUAAUAGUGCCUUCAGAACAAGGUGAGAAGUGAGCUAAUUUAAACACCUGAUCUUGUGUAUAUAUUUAUAUUCUGUGGCAUCUUAUUUAUUGGGUUAUAUUUAAUUAGCCCCUUAGUCAUGUGGUGGUGGUCAUGUGAUUCCCCCUCCUCCUCCCAACCUGAAUUACUUCCUGUCAUCUGUGUAUGGCUCCCCGAAUUCUUCCCAAGAAAUAAAGUUCUGGUUGUUUAAGUCGAUCAUUUCACAAGUUCAACAUGUUGAGAACUUCCGGUAAACCUUGUUUUUUUCCUGCCUUUGUGACACAUUACCUGAUAAUGUGAUUCUUUAGUAAACUCUUCAUUUUAAAUCCUCAGGAAAGUUUCUGAUUUUGCAGUCUGAAUAUACCGGUUUUGGCCCUUAGGAUUCUCCAUGUUUGCAUCUGGGCCUGGCAGGAUCACUGCAUUGCUGCACUCUUAAUCGUUCAGUGGUGGUGGCCCAGAUCUCACACUCAGCCUCACCAAAAGCAAUAAAAUAAACAUGGUGUAGAAAACGUGUCUAAGUGCUGUUUACGCUUCAGGGUCAAAUUGGACUAUUUUCCCCCGAUUAUGUGUAGGUUGCUUGCACUGGCUACCAAAUGUUUUAAGAAACUUAAAUUGAGAUCCUUUGUUUUUAGGAUCGAGGCUCAUGUUCCGUGUUGUAAGACAGAAAUUGGAUAAAAGCAAUGUGUUUUUAUGGGUGUUAAUAUUGUUAUUGUUAUUUAUAUUUAAGGGACAUUUUAGUGGAAAUAGUUUUUAAUAUUAUAAUCCUGUUCUGUAGUUGAUAAUACUUUAAAAAGUCAAAUGUUUUGUCAGGGACUUUUUUAAAAAACAAAAUUAAUAUACACAAAAUAUAUCUAUCGUAAUCUCCCACCAAAUAUAUUGCACUGUUGUGUACUACUGUACAGGGUCGCUGGUGUGCGUGUGAGUGGGGUUUUUGUUUGUUUUGUUUGUUUUCUUCUGCAGUUUUGUCCUCCUGACUCUUGUACAGUUAUUGUGACUGCUGAGUGAUACCAAAGUAUUUCCGCACCCGAAGUUACCGGCUACAUCCGAAUCUUAAUCUCAGGAAAAAAUUCUAUAUCAAAAUAUCCAUUACAAAUUAUAAUAAGAUUAUAUAUAUAAGAUCUGGUAUCUGCGACAAAUUAAAAAAAAAAUCCCUCCUUUCCACCUCCAUUCUGCACUGGAGGUGAUUAGUUGUCUUUUUGAUGUUUGAAACUUGAUUCGAAGGUUUCGCCGUUCGUUACUGUGCUGAGUUCUGGUUAUUUUUAAGUGUUUAUGCCAUCUUAGGGCAAAGAUAAAAAGUGGUGUAUGAAAAGAAUGUCGACUUCUGUCAUUUGUGGAAAUGGGUGAAUUUGCCAGCUUCCCAAAACCGUGGCCGAGGCACGGUCUCUCACGCCAGGCUCCUCCAAACACCCUUUAAUGCACACUCGGCGGCCCAUAGCAAAACGGAGAGGAGUACCGACUCGCUUCAUUUCCGCCAGAUAAACAGCCCGUACCGCAAACCAGUGACCACCACCACCACCUUUUCACAGUCACGCGGGUGGGGAGCCAGCCGCGCCGAGGGGCACAUCCUCCUUUGCGAGGUACACAUCCUCCUUUGCGAGGUACACAUCUGUUCUGGAAAAGUAUUAUAUGUCUGUCGCUCCAGAAUUGUUUUCAUCGCUGAAUAACGAAACCAACUGGUAUUCAUUUCCCACGUUAGGCACCGUUUUACAAGCCGCUUGCGACUGGAACCCUCCACCCACCCCCGUCAGGCAUACUCCCCCCCCCCCCCCCCCAAAUUGGAAAAUUAAUUGGAUAGUUAGAUUAUUUUGCUGUACUGCUCAUCUUUUUAAUUUGCACUAAGAAUGGCAUAAUCCAUUUACUGUUGCGUGUAAUUCAUGACCUGUCGUUCCCCCCGCAUUCUUCACGGAUAUUUUUUGUAUGCUGUUCCCAUGUUAAGUCCCUUCACCUUGUCAGAUGGAACACCACCACCACCCCCCCCC